GCUGCGCAGGCUCUGGGCAGGGAGGGCUGGAAGAGGCGCUGGCGGGCGGGGGUGCGCCCGAGAGUGCCCCGGCGUGUUCGCUUAGUUCAGUGAAUCAGAACAAUGACUGCGCCGCUGGGUUCCCGGGAGCGCGUCGGAGGACUGUGAGCAGCCGCCGCCUGGAGAGCGGCGGGCGGCGCAGCCUCGGCCGCGCGGUGUCAACCUCGGACUCGCGAGCUUCCAGUGCAGACCCUGCCCAGCGCCCGCAGCCCGCGCGGAGCCGCCGGGCUCCAGCGCUGCAGACGCUACUCCGGAGCUGUGCAUUGUUGUGAGCUGGAGAAGGGGUGAGGGGAUUACAAAGCCCGAAGACCCCGAACCCCUCUUUAGCCAUGUGGAUACCUACAGAGCACGAGAAAUACGGCGUGGUUAUUGCCAGUUUUCGAGGAACUGUCCCAUAUGGCCUGUCAUUGGAAAUUGGAGAUACGGUUCAGAUCCUGGAGAAGUGUGAUGGCUGGUACAGAGGAUUUGCCUUAAAAAACCCAAAUAUCAAGGGGAUAUUUCCUUCCAGCUAUGUUCACUUGAAAAAUGCCUGUGUAAAGAACAAAGGACAAUUUGAAAUGGUGAUUCCCACUGAAGACUCUGUUAUCACAGAAAUGACAUCAACAUUAAGAGACUGGGGAACCAUGUGGAAACAACUCUAUGUGAGAAAUGAAGGUGAUCUCUUCCACCGGCUGUGGCACAUCAUGAAUGAAAUCCUGGAUCUGCGGCGGCAGGUGCUGGUGGGGCAUCUCACCCACGACCGGAUGAAGGAUGUGAAGCGCCAUAUCACCGCCCGCCUGGACUGGGGCAAUGAACAACUGGGAUUGGACCUGGUGCCUAGGAAAGAGUAUGCGAUGGUGGACCCCGAGGACAUCAGCGUUACUGAGCUCUACCGAUUGAUGGAGCAUCGACACCGGAAGAAAGAUACCCCAGUGCAGGCCAGCAGUCACCACCUCUUUGUGCAGAUGAAGAGCCUCAUGUGUUCUAACCUGGGAGAGGAGCUCGAAGUCAUCUUUUCACUCUUUGAUAGUAAAGAGAAUCGACCGAUCAGUGAGAGAUUUUUCUUGAGGCUAAAUAGAAACGGGCUUCCCAAAGCCCCAGAUAAACCAGAACGACAUUGCUCUCUCUUUGUGGACUUGGGCAGCAGCGAGCUGAGAAGGGACAUCUAUAUCACUGUGCACAUCAUCCGAAUCGGUCGAAUGGGGGCAGGUGAAAAAAAGAAUGCCUGUAGUGUCCAGUACCGGCGACCCUUUGGCUGUGCAGUUCUUAGCAUUGCUGACCUGCUGACGGGAGAGACCAAGGAUGACCUCAUCCUGAAAGUGUACAUGUGUAAUACAGAGAGUGAGUGGUACCAAAUCCAUGAGAACAUCAUCAAGAAGUUGAAUGCACGUUAUAAUUUGACUGGCUCCAAUGCAGGUUUAGCAGUUUCCCUACAACUCUUGCACGGAGACAUUGAACAGAUCAGAAGGGAGUACUCAUCAGUGUUUUCUCAUGGAGUAUCCAUCACCAGGAAGUUGGGUUUUUCUAAUAUCAUCAUGCCUGGUGAAAUGCGGAAUGAUUUAUACAUCACUAUAGAAAGGGGAGAAUUUGAGAAAGGAGGAAAGAGUGUGGCCAGAAACGUGGAAGUUACGAUGUUCAUCGUAGAGAGUAGUGGCCAGAUCUUGAAGGAUUUUAUCUCCUUUGGGUCUGGAGAGCCGCCAGCCAGUGAGUACCACUCCUUUGUGCUUUAUCAUAACAACAGUCCCAGGUGGUCUGAGCUGCUGAAGCUUCCUAUCCCUGUGGAUAAAUUCAGGGGUGCACACAUCCGCUUCGAGUUUCGGCAUUGUUCCACAAAGGAGAAAGGAGAGAAGAAGUUAUUUGGUUUCUCCUUCGUCCCCCUGAUGCAGGAAGAUGGUAGGACUCUUCCGGACGGCACUCAUGAGCUCAUUGUGCAUAAGUGUGAAGAAAACACAAAUCUUCAGGAUACUACCCGCUACCUCAAACUUCCCUUUUCCAAGGGCAUUCUCCUGGGGAAUAAUAAUCAAGCUAUGAAGGCCACAAAGGAGUCUUUUUGGAUAACAUCUUUUCUCUGUUCCACAAAACUCACACAAAAUGGUGAUAUGCUUGAUCUUUUGAAAUGGAGAACCCACCCAGACAAGAUCACAGGCUGUCUCUCUAAAUUGAAAGAAAUCGAUGGCUCAGAGAUAGUAAAGUUUCUACAAGAUACACUGGAUACCUUGUUUGGAAUUUUAGAUGAAAAUUCCCAAAAAUAUGGGUCGAAAGUGUUUGAUUCUUUGGUUCACAUAAUAAAUCUGCUGCAAGAUAGCAAAUUUCAUCAUUUUAAACCUGUAAUGGACACUUAUAUUGAGAGUCAUUUUGCUGGGGCACUUGCAUACAGAGAUCUCAUCAAAGUGCUCAAGUGGUAUGUGGACAGGAUCACAGAAGCUGAGAGACAGGAGCACAUCCAGGAGGUGUUAAAGGCCCAAGAAUACAUUUUUAAGUACAUAGUUCAGUCUCGGAGGCUGUUUUCCCUCGCCACCGGCGGACAGAAUGAGGAGGAAUUUCGCUGCUGCAUUCAAGAGCUUCUCAUGUCAGUCCGGUUUUUUCUGUCACAAGAGAGCAAAGGGUCUGGAGCAUUAUCUCAAUCACAGGCUGUGUUUCUGAGCUCCUUCCCAGCCGUGUACUCAGAGCUGCUGAAGCUCUUUGAUGUCCGAGAAGUGGCCAACUUGGUACAGGACACCCUGGGCAGUCUGCCCACAAUCGUGCACGUGGACGACGCCCUGCAGGCUGUCAAACUUCAGUGCAUUGGCAAAACCGUGGAAAGCCAGCUCUAUACCAACCCAGAUUCCCGGUACAUUCUCUUACCUGUCGUGUUGCAUCACCUCCACAUGCACCUGCAAGAACAGAAGGACCUGAUCAUGUGCGCGCGGAUCCUUAGCAAUGUGUUUUGUCUCAUCAAGAAGAAUAGCUCAGAAAAGUCUGUGCUGGAGGAAAUAGACGUGAUAGUGGCCAGCCUGCUGGACAUCCUGUUGAGAACCAUACUGGAGAUCACCAGUCGACCCCAGCCGCCCGGUUCCACGAUGCGGCUCCAGUUCCAGGAUGUCACUGGGGAGUUUGUUGCUUGUCUCCUGUCCUUACUACGGCAAAUGACAGACAGACACUAUCAACAGCUUCUUGACAGUUUCAAUACUAAAGAAGAACUAAGGGAUUUCCUGCUGCAGAUCUUUACUGUGUUCCGAAUAUUGAUACGUCCAGAGAUGUUUCCGAAGGACUGGACUGUCAUGCGCCUGGUGGCUAACAACGUUAUUAUUACAACAGUUCUGUACCUGUCAGAUGCACUUCGUAAGAACUUCUUAAAUGAAAACUUUGAUUAUAAGAUCUGGGAUUCCUACUUUUACCUCGCGGUCAUUUUCAUAAACCAAUUGUGUCUGCAGUUGGAGAUGUUCACACCUUCCAAAAAGAAAAAGGUGUUAGAAAAGUAUGGUGACAUGAGAGUAACAAUGGGUUGUGAAAUUUUCAGCAUGUGGCAGAACCUAGGAGAGCACAAGCUUCAUUUCAUCCCUGCCCUGAUUGGCCCUUUCCUAGAAGUGACCUUGAUACCCCAGCCAGAUCUCCGGAAUGUCAUGAUUCCUAUUUUUCAUGAUAUGAUGGACUGGGAGCAGAGGCGGAGUGGCAAUUUUAAACAGGUGGAAGCCAAGCUCAUUGACAAACUGGACAGCCUGAUGUCGGAAGGCAAAGGUGAUGAAACAUACCGUGAGCUCUUCAACAGUAUAAUUCCACUAUUUGGUCCGUAUCCUAGUCUACUAAAGAAAAUUGAGCGGGAAACAUGGAGGGAAAGUGGUGUUUCAUUAAUCGCCACUGUAACUCGACUCAUGGAGAGGUUGUUAGAUUACAGGGACUGCAUGAAAGUGGGUGAGGUAGACGGCAAAAAGAUUGGCUGCACAGUUAGCCUCCUGAACUUCUAUAAGACUGAACUGAACAAGGAAGAGAUGUAUAUACGCUACAUCCACAAGCUCUAUGAUCUGCAUCUCAAAGCUCAGAACUUCACAGAGGCUGCCUAUACUCUCCUGCUAUAUGAUGAGCUGCUGGAAUGGUCUGAUCGGCCCCUCCGGGAAUUCCUGACCUACCCCAUGCAAACCGAAUGGCAGCGCAAGGAGCACCUGCACCUGGCCAUCAUCCAGAACUUUGACAGAGGCAAGUGUUGGGAGAAUGGUAUCAUAUUAUGCCGGAAGAUUGCAGAGCAGUACGAGAGUUACUAUGACUACAGAAACUUGAGCAAGAUGAGGAUGAUGGAAGCCUCUUUGUAUGACAAAAUUAUGGACCAGCAACGUCUUGAGCCAGAGUUCUUCAGAGUUGGAUUUUACGGGAAAAAGUUUCCAUUUUUCUUAAGAAAUAAAGAGUUUGUGUGUCGAGGGCAUGACUACGAAAGGCUGGAGGCCUUCCAACAGAGGAUGCUGAACGAAUUCCCCCAUGCCAUCGCCAUGCAACAUGCCAACCAGCCCGAUGAGACCAUCUUCCAGGCCGAAGCUCAGUAUUUGCAGAUAUACGCUGUGACUCCCAUUCCGGAGAGCCAGGAGGUCCUGCAGAGAGAGGGUGUUCCAGACAACAUCAAAAGUUUCUACAAAGUGAAUCACAUCUGGAAAUUCCGCUACGACAGACCAUUUCACAAAGGCACCAAAGAUAAAGAGAAUGAAUUCAAGAGUCUCUGGGUGGAGAGGACAUCGUUAUACUUGGUGCAGAGUUUACCUGGAAUUUCCCGCUGGUUUGAGGUGGAGAAGCGUGAAGUGGUAGAAAUGAGUCCUCUGGAAAAUGCAAUUGAAGUAUUGGAAAACAAGAAUCAGCAGCUGAAGACUCUGAUUAGUCAGUGUCAGACCAGACAGAUGCAGAAUAUUAAUCCCCUGACCAUGUGCCUGAACGGAGUUAUAGAUGCUGCGGUUAAUGGUGGAGUUUCCAGGUAUCAAGAGGCAUUCUUCGUCAAAGACUAUAUCUUAAGUCACCCUGAAGAUGGAGAGAAAAUUGCACGGUUAAGAGAGCUGAUGCUGGAGCAGGCACAGAUUCUGGAAUUUGGCUUGGCCGUGCAUGAGAAGUUUGUACCUCAAGACAUGAGGCCCCUUCACAAAAAGCUGGUGGACCAGUUCUUCGUGAUGAAGUCCAGUUUGGGAAUACAGGAAUUCUCCGCUUGUAUCCAAGCCAGUCCAGUCCAUUUUCCUAAUGGAAGCCCUCGCGUGUGUAGAAACUCCGCACCUGCUUCUAUGAGCCCAGAUGGCACCAGGGUAAUUCCUAGACGCAGCCCAUUAAGUUACCCAGCUGUCAACCGAUAUUCUUCCUCCUCACUGUCCUCACAAGCUUCUGCUGAAGUAAGCAAUAUUACAGGGCAAUCAGAAAGCUCUGAUGAAGUCUUUAACAUGCAGCCAAGUCCAUCUACCUCAAGCUUGAGUUCUACUCACUCUGCCUCACCUAAUGUGACAAGUUCGGCUCCAUCGAGUGCCAGAGCUUCUCCUUUGUUGUCUGACAAACACAAACAUUCCAGAGAAAACUCUUGCCUGUCCCCAAGAGAGAGGCCGUGCAGCGCCAUCUAUCCGACCCCCGUGGAACCUUCUCAGAGGCUGCUGUUUAAUCAUAUUGGAGACGGGGCCUUGCCACGAAGUGAUCCAAAUCUUUCUGCGCCUGAGAAAGCUGUGAAUCCCACCCCUAGCAGCUGGAGCCUGGACAGUGGGAAAGAAGCCAAGAACAUGUCGGAUGGUGGGAAACUUAUCUCUCCCCCUGUCCCUCCAAGACCCACACAGACUGCUUCACCAGCAAGACACACGACAUCCGUAUCAUCCCCUUCGCCUGCCGGGCGAUCUCCAUUGAAGAGACAUCAAAAACAAACUCAAUUUAAAAACAUCAGCAAUCAAGAUCUAGGCUCGGUGCAGUCCUUCACCCCCUCUCCAGUGGAGUACCACUCCCCGGGACUCAUCUCCAACUCCCCCGUCCUGUCGGGCAGCUACAGCAGUGGGAUUUCGUCCCUCAGCCGGUGCAGCACGUCCGAAACCUCAGGUUUUGAAAAUCAGGUGAACGACCCGUCGGCGGGGCCGGGCCUGAGCUACAGCGGCCCGGAGGAGCCGGUGCGCAAAGAGAGCAAGACGCCGCCCCCGUACAGCGUGUACGAGCGGACUCUGCGGCGCCCGGUGCCGCUACCUCACAGCCUCUCCAUCCCGGUCACGGCCGAGCCGCCCGCGCUGCCCCCCAAGCCCCUGGCGGCGCGAUCGGGCCACCUGGAGAAUGGGACCAGGAGGACGGACCCCGGCCCGCGGCCCAGGCCCCUGCCCCGGAAGGUCUCGCAGCUGUAAGGCCCUUUUCGAUUUCCCCGCGGUGACUCCUUGGCCGUUUACAAGCAGUGAGACGUAUGGGGAGAAGACAUUUAGUGUAGGCACUUUAAUAACUUACUCAGAUUUGUCUUUCAAUGAAUGGAAUUAAAACUCGCUUAUUGAAUAAAAUGUUGCACAAUAUUAAAAGUUACUGAUCUCAAACGCCAGAUGUUCCAAGUAUGGCUGAAUUUCAUUACAACGUCUCUCAUUUGAAAAUGAUAAAUAGUGAGAAAGACUUCUUUUCGAUCUUUUUAGGUUCACUUUUUUUUUUUACAUAGUUUAAUCUUGAAACCCAUACGAUAUUGUCGGACAAGACACACCCUGAAAAUGUUGUAUACUUUUUACUGAAUACUUGAUACUUCUUGAAAGCUUAUUAAGUGAAUGCACAUCCUAACAAUGGUCCUUACUUUAGAAGACUUCUGUAAAUAAGGUGAGAUUUCCAGCUCUUUGGAUGAGCAGACUGAUGAAUGCCCCCGCCAUCAGAAUUAACAGUUAAAGCAGGCAAGUGAGACGAAAAGCUUAAGGGGUUGCAAGGAUUGGGACUGGAAGUGGUUUUGUUGUUGCAACAAAAAUACUUCUUUGAAGUUGCUUUUGACAUUUGACUGACGUCUGCAUUCUUAGAACGCUACUUUACCAACCGGUUGGUAAAUCCUUUAGCACCCUGACACCGUGGGAUCUACUGUAUUUCUUUUCAAGGUGCAAUGUACUUCCAGAGUUCCAAUAGGGUCGAUUCAGCAAAAGCCCCCUGGAGAAAUGUUUACUUGAAUCUCGUGCUUCCUUUACUUGAUAGGUUCCUCUACCAAAUUUGUCAUUGAAGAAGAGCAGGUGUUCAGGUAGGCACAAAUUAAUGUGUCCCAUUAACAAGAAUUCAGGAAUCAAUACAGGACAGUAUUAAAUCAAUAGAGUAAAUGAAGAAAAAAAAGAAAACGUAGAGGAAAUAUAUGAGCAUGAUUAAAUGGCAAAAGGACUUUCAAAAAGGCAAGGGCAUUAAUUCUCAAUCCUGCACAACAUACAAAAUUCCUCACAACUCUCCAGUGUUACCAGUGGAGCUUGUCUUCUGAGCUAAUCCUAUUGUCCUUUUAUUGAAGGAUGGCUGUAGACUGCUCUAGCUUGAAUAUUGCAACAUAGCAUCUUAGAUCUAGAUAGGGACGCUAAUGCCACAGUUGUAGGAGUGUGAAAAAAAGCACCUUGUAUGUAGUAAUGUAUUUUGUAUCUUUGUUUUCUUUACUGACUGUUUAUAACACUCAACUGACAAUAGCUAUGAACUGUAUUUUAAAUCAUACUGUUGAAUAUUUUCCCUCUUUUGUUGGGAAGCGCAUUUUAGUUUAACUGUGUCUGUUUUUGUUGAUAGCUUACCUGGAAGGCAGUGACCACUUUUUUAUAUUCCCUUAAUGAAACCAUUCAGCAGGGAUACGCUGUUGAGGCUGGUUAUAGAGGUUUUCUAUAAUAAAUGUUCAAGUAUUUUUGUACAUAACUGGUUAAUUUUAAUAAGAGAUACCAUUAUGUGUAAAAAAAAAAAAAGUAAAAAUAAAAGCAAACAAUUGUGGAUGCAGUAUGAUUGUUAUAAUUAUGCCAAAUACUUUAUGUAUGGAAAAAGAAUAUUUGUACAUAUGUGCUUUUAACAAUAAUUCUGCCAUAUUGACUUUACAAUUUUGAAUGUCAGAAAAAAUAAUAUAUGUUAAAAUAUUUAUGUUUAGUGAAAGUAUUCAUAAUUGAGAAAAGGAACAUAUGAAUUUUAGCUUUGUAUCUUGCAAGUUUUUCAGUUAGAAAUUUCUUGAACUAGCUUUUACUUUUGAUGAUAACACCUUGUGUUUGUAAUCACAUCCUCAAAUAUAUCUCUCUCUAUAUAUAGGAAGAUCCAUAUUUCUGUUGCUUUAAAAAAGUAAAGCCUUCCUUCCAUUUAAAUAAGGUGACAUGCAUAAGAUAACAAAGCUUCUUUGAUUUCCUUUUCCUCUGUAAUUUAAUAGAUUUGUUGACUAGUGCUUGGGCACAGUAUAAAUUGGUGUCAUUCGCUCUUGAAGCCAUUUUUUAAAAAAAUUUUUUUGGGCAAUGAGCAGUUGAUCAUGUGUGUGUAUUUCUGAAGCAGCUGUAUAGCAGAACAUUUUCAAGAGAUUCUGUUAGCUCGGAUGUUCACGUUGGUGGCUGCUGACUGGUAAAUAUUAAAUAAAAUGACCUGAUUAAUCUUGA